AUGAGUGACGUGUGCUGCUUUUGUCUCGGAGGCAGUUCCGAUAUCCCUGCGUUUGGCACCCGGGAUGAUGCUCGUGAUUUCGUCAACCCCUGUGCAACUUGUUCCAUUGUGGCCCACCGCAAGUGUCUUUUGGACUGGUUCAAUUCGAUUCCUGAAGAUAAGCUCCAAGUGAUCGAUCGAGCAGAAUUACUUGAAACGAUAGCUGGCCGUCGCCGGAUGGAUGAGGAUUCAACCAACACGGGAAAUAUACGGAUUGAUAUAAAUUUCAGUACCGAGCUGAUUCGAGAAUGGUUGUUUCGUUUUGUGGGCAUGGAUAAUAGCUCUGACAGCGAUCAAGAGUUGAACGAUCAAGACCCUCAUAAUCAAGUUGGAACCGCUGGAGGCGAACCCUCGCACGAAGAAGAUGCUUCGGUGAACCCUUCUGCUGUGAACGAAGAUAUAUCGACUGCUAUCACAAACCUUGCUCUUCUUCAUCAACAUCCACAAAGUGAGACGCAGGCUCCUUCUGAUCAAAAUGUGACUUAUCUUCUUGCACCAUGUCCCCAAUGCAAAAGCGAAAUAGUCGUAUCGAUGACUGAAUCGGCACUUCUUACGUUCGUCAAGUCCACAAAAGCUAUGGCCAUACGAACGCUCUCGGCAACUGUGCUUUGUCUCGGAGUAACUUCUGCUGUCACAGGAGUAAUGUCGCUUGGAUAUGUGGGACUCACAACUUGUGGGUUGAAGACUUUGGAAGCGUUGGUUCCUGGUCGUAUAUUGGUUUCAAUGUUGCGUCGUCCAGGUGUUCGCAUUCCCUUUGGCAAUGAGGCAUCCGCCUUUUCUGGUCCUUUGGAAUCGGCCAUCUCCAGCGGAAUCAUAGAUCCGUUCAAGUUUCUGCGCAUACCCAUACUUCCGGUGGUUCUCUAUAGGAUGCGUAGCUCGUCCAUACUCUCAUUGCUGUCUCAAGACAGCAACUGGUUCACAGAAAUCAUGGUGGCCGCAUACAUUUCAUCUUUGGGAAAUAACGAGCUUGUUGGCAAUAUUGCCCGCCUAUUACGCACACUGUUGGUGCAAAAGCUGCCUUAUGCUAUUAUCGCUGCCGUCAAAUCAUUAUCAAUUUCGCUGUUGACGGCGCCUACUCUCAUAUCACUUCUCGUUCCUUUGCGAUGGGCUUACGAUUUGUUUUUCCGUCUUACCUUCAAUCGGCUUCAUUUUAACGUUGCUUUGCGUACAAGACCUCGCGAGAUUGCUAAUAGUAUCAGUGAAGCUCGCUUGGAGCGUCUUGAAGACUUGUCUCGAGAAAUGGCUCAGCUGUGGGAUCAGGCUAGUAAAAUGCGUCCUACUUCAUCGAGAAAUUUGUCCGAAUGGUGUGGCUAUGUGAAAAGAUUAGCACUCUCGGAUAUUCCUAAGAAAUACCUUGUUCUGUGGAUGAGUUUUUGGAACGAAGAAACUCGUUCAUGUCUCCAACAUGACUAUCUGUCUGUGUUUCUUUUGAGAUCACUGAUGUUAAGAGGUAUUACUACGGUUGCCUGGCCCUUCCUUGGUGCUAGAGUUGGAAGGGUCAUAUUCAAGUUAAUUGCGUCGAGAUUGGCUACUAAACUUGAACCUGAAACCAUCAUGCUCCUUGCCAAUAUUAUGGGAUUAUUUGGGAUAGCUUUGCUCAAAGAUGUUUUCAAUCUUUUCAUAGCGACCCAAAAGGCUCGCCAAUUACGCCAGAUGGGGUGGGUUGCAUGGAAUCGAUAA